AUGGACUCAGCUGCUAAGAAAUCAGCUCGAUUUGAAGCAGCUCCUGCAGGAGCAGAACUUGACAUGCUUCCUGACUCGUUUGGUGAAACAAAGUUUUUUGAGACCUCAAGUGAGACGAAGAGGUCGAACAACUUAGCUUAUGUACAGCAGGAAGAUACGUCUCAGUUGGGCCCCGCUGAAAGUUUGAACAAUGUGAUGAACCAUGCUAAGAUGCCUGCCUACGUCGACACCACCAUCAACAACCUACUUGAGGAAACAUCUAUUCUGAUAAUCAUAAACGAUAUAACUCUGCCCCUUGAUGUAAACGCUGCCCCUCACAGUACAAACUCUUCCUUGGAUCCUACUCUGAAGUCAAAACUUUUGGAUGAUUUUGAUUCGUGGUUGGAUACGAUAUAA